CACCGGCUCUUGUCUUUCUUUGCCUCUAAGAUGCUUUGCUGGAGGAACUUGCCCAGAGCUCCCAGCAUGCACCUGGGCAGGGUGACGAUGAUGUCACAAACCCGUACGGGAGGCUGGCAGAGUGUGGAAGCAGAGAGAGGGAGCGAGAGAGGGAGGAGGAGGAGGAUGGAGAGCAGCCGGUUCAACCAGUAUACACCACCAGCAUCCCAGCGAAACCAGCUCAAGAGGACAGAGAGCAUCUCUACAGCGUGGUUCCGGAACCCAGGGAGGUCACUUCCGGGCUGCUCAGCCCGAACUCUGUGACCAGAGAACUUGAUGACAUCAUGGGCAAGUUACUGGAGCUGGAUCUGGAGAUUCCCAGCACCCCUUCAAACUGCCCUCCCGCUGUCUCAGAAAGACAGGAGAGAGGGAGAGGGAGCGAGAGAGAGAGAGAGAGGGAGAGGGAAUGUGAGAGAGCGGAGGAGGAAGAGGAGGGAGGGAGAGGGGCUCAGGCAGUGAAGAAGAUGCCCCCCUCUCUCCCGGGGAAGACAGGCAGUUCAAUAGACGCCCUGCUCGGGGACCUGAGCUCCGACAUGGAGAAGAUGGGAGUCAGGACCUCAGCCAAGGGCCAGUGCGCUUCCUGCGGGAAAUGCAUUGUGGGAAAGGUGUGCUUAUGUCAGAGAGAGCAGGGAGGAGGACUCUCAGUGGUCACCAAGCCCACCCACAGCGUGUUGGGGGGUUUGUUUGCCAUGGCACCCAGAGCGUUGUUAUUCUUUGGUGUUUUCACUGUGGUGCGAGUUGGCCUCAAGGAUUCUUCGAGCGAGACGGCGAUCAUCGUCUCAGUCUUAGGGAAGACGUGGCACCGGAGCACUUCUUCUGUAGCGAUGAGUGUUGGAGGAGCCGUUCGGAGAGAAAGGGUCUUCUUGAGAGAGGAAGGGAGCCGUACGGUCUCCCUGAUUUCUAUCGCGCUCUUUGCUCAGAAAGUGCUGCGGCUGCGACCAGCCAGUAAAGGGAGAAAACUACCUCUUGCAGCCAACACCAGCUUGUGCACCCAGAGUGCUUUGUGGGACUGCCUCUCUCCCUUCUCCGAUGGCUGUUUCUAUGAGAUAGACUCUCGCCCGCUCUGCCCCCUCCACUAUCACGCCCGGAAGGGCUUGCUGUGCGGGGGGUGCAGAGCUCCGAUAUCAGGGCGCUGCGUCUCGGCGAUGGGGAAGAGGUUUCACCCAGAGCAUUUCGUCUGCGCCUUCUGCUUGAAGCAGCUGAACCAGGGAGUCUUCAAGGAGCAGAACGAGAAACCGUACUGCACUGGCUGUCCAUGAG